UCUCUCUCUAGCUUGCUCCCUCUCUCUCUUUCUCACACACACAAACACACACUUCCCCGUUGAUAUCGCCUCUCUAUAUAUCUCCACUUUGCAAGAGCUUCGUAACAUCCGACACAUGUCCAUUCAUAGGAAAAGGUAAAAUUAGGGUUAGGGUUUUGAAGGGAUUUCGCCAUGGAGGUCGAAGAAGAAAAUACCAUAAAUCACCUACAUGAAUCAACGACAACAACCGUAUCAAAUGAACGAUUGUUAGAAAAUAAUUGUAGUAAUGAUAACGAAUUAGGAAAAGAGGUAUCAGAAUCAAACACUGAAGAAGAAAAAGGAAAGGAAUCGUCUGUUAUAGUCCCUAAAUUGGACGAUCCGAAUCCUUUUGUCGCGGUAGCAGUGGGUGAAACAGCGGAGGACAAGGAGGUCACUGUUCAGUGCGGGAAUUCUGAGUCCGGUAGAUGCUGGAACUCGGCGGUGGUUGAGUCGACGACCGCGUUGAAAGACGAGAAGGACGGCGAGGAGGGUGAUGUUAAGGACGAAAUUACUACCGGUGAUGUGGCAGCUGUGGAGCAUGGCGAGAGUGAGUUAACAAGUUCGGAUAAAGUUGACGAUGGAGAGUGUCAGGCGGUUGUGAUUGUGCGAGAUAAUGGUUUAAAUGUAGUAGUGGAAAAUGUAAAGAACAGCGUCGAGGAUACCAAUACCGAUGGUUCGUUGGUGAUCGAGGAUGUUAAGGACGGAGGUGAAGGUGAGUUGGAGACCGUGAUGGUGGAGGAAGAUGUCGAGGUGUUGAAAGACGGUGGAGGAGUUGAUGUUCCAUCGUUGCCAGUUACUGGAAUUGCUGAAAGAGAGGAAGUGAUGACGGAUGUUAAGAAUGAUGUGGUUGUUGACACCCAGAAGGAAAAUGUCGAAAUUGUGAUAGGAGAAGAAGAAAUAACAGAGGAUCAGGAUGAUUUUCAAGAAGGAAUGGAUGCAAAAGUUUUAAAGGAAAAAGGAAUUGUUGCAGAUGAAGAGGAUGCUCUUGGUGUGGGAGAAGGUAUUGAGGAGGAAGGAAAAAUGGCAGACGAGGAGAAAGCUGUUAGUGUUACAGAAAAUGAUGAGGAAGAACCAAUGGUGGCAGACGAGGAGAAAUCAUUGGAUACAGAAUUGGAGACCGAUGAAGAAGCAACUAUGGCUGAUGAAGAGAAAGUCCCAGAUGCGGAGGUGAUGGAAACAGAAUUGCUGGAGUCGUCUCCAAAAAGCACUGCAGGUAAACGGAAAAGGGGAGGGAGGAACUCAAAGACUACCUCCAAACCCAAGGCUGGGCGCAGGAAGAUGACUGAGGAGGAUGUUUGCUUCAUUUGCUUUGAUGGUGGAGAUCUUGUGCUAUGUGAUCGGCGGAAUUGCCCUAAAGCUUAUCAUCCUUCAUGUGUUAACCGAGAUGAGGCUUUCUUCCAAACCAAGGGUCAGUGGAAUUGCGGUUGGCACUUGUGUAGUAUCUGUGAAAAGAAGGCUGAAUAUAUGUGCUAUACAUGCACUUUUUCCUUGUGCAAAGCAUGCAUUAAAACCAAUAUUAUAUUCUGCGUAAGAGAGAAAGAGAAGAAAGGCCUUUGUGAGGCUUGCAUGAAAACUGUGAUGUUAAUUGAAAAAAAUUCGGAGGAAAAUCAGGGAAAUGUAGACUUUGAUGACAAGAGUAGCUGGGAAUAUCUAUUUAAGGAUUAUUGGACAGACAUGAAAGCAAAACUGGAUCUGACUUUGUCUGAGCUUGUUGAGGCUAAGAAUGCUUGGAAGGGAUCUGAACUCUCUGGCAAACAAGAACCUCCAGCUGCACAUUCUGAUGUCAAAGAUGAUGGUGGUUCAGGAUCAGAAAAUCCUUCUGAGAACCUAGAAACAAGGAAGAACAGACGAAGAAAGGCUAAGAAGCGCAAGUCUGCCACCAAGGAAGAGGAACCGAGUACUGGAGCAGCUGCUGUUGCUUCUGAAGGGACAUCUGUGACCAGGAACACGGAGUGGGCAUCCAAAGAACUACUUGAAUUUGUUAUGCACAUGGGAGAUGGCAACAUAUCUAUUAGAUCUCAGUUUGAUGUACAGGCUCUUUUGCUUGAAUACAUCAAAACAAACAAUCUUCGGGAUUCUCGUCGUAAAAGUCAAAUUAUUUGUGAUGCAAGACUUGAAAGACUUUUUGGUAAACCACGUGUAGGGCAUUUUGAGAUGUUAAAACUUCUUGAAUCUCACUUUCUUAUUAAAGAAGAUCAUCAGAUAGACGAUAUCCAGGGGAGUGUGGUCGAUACUGAAGUUAGCCAUGUAGAUGACGAUGAAGCUAAUGAAACCGUAGCGAAGGGAGGGAAGGAUAGAAAACGUAAAAUGCGGAAGAAGGGUGAUCGAGAACCUCAGUCCAACCGUGAGGAUUAUGCUGCUAUUGAUAUACACAACAUAAGCUUAAUUUACCUGCGACGGAAGUUAGUGGAGGAUUUACUUGAUGAUACUGAAACAUUUCAUAGCAAGGUUAUCGGUACUUUUGUUAGAAUAAGGAUCUCUGGUGCUAAUCUUAAGCAGGACAUAUAUAGACUGGUGCAAGUUACAGGUACUACCAAAGCGGCCCAAUAUGCACUUGGGAAAAAGAUGACCAACACCAUGCUUGAAAUAUUGAAUCUUAACAAAACAGAAUCCAUAUCCAUUGAUACUAUUUCAAAUCAAGACUUCACAGAGGAUGAAUGCAAGCGUCUACGGCAAAGUAUAAAGUGUGGACUUAUAACUAGGCUGACAGUGGGAGACAUUCUGGAUAAAGCGAUGGAACUUCAGGCGGCAAGAGUGAAUGAUUGGCUGGAAACAGAGGUUUUGCGUCUUAGUCAUCUUCGUGAUCGAGCAAGUGACUUAGGCCGUAAGAAGGAGCUCAGAGAAUGUGUAGAGAAAUUACAACUUCUGAAGACACCUGAGGAGCGUGCUCGUAAGCUAGAAGAAUUUCCUAUAAUACAUGUUGAUCCUACCAUGGAUCCAAAUUGUGGGUCUGAAGAUGACACAGACGAAGAAGAGAAGAAACAAGAUAUGUACAAGAGUUCUGUCGGUUCCAGAUUUAGCAGGAGAAGAGAGUACCCCUCGAAAGAAUCUUGGAGCGGUACAGGUACCUCUAGAAGUAGCGGCAAGAAUUAUGAGUUUAGCAGAAGCUUGUCGAAUAAUAAUUUUUCAAACAAAACUGAGGAUGCCGCCACUUCUGCACGUUUCGAACCACAUAAUGAAAGUUUACGGGAUCAAGGAAGAGACACAAGUGUGCAACAACCAAGCAUAUUAAAGAAACCGAGUUCUGCAUAUGAUGAAGUAGCUUCAACAAAAGAUAUCACCGGAACUGCCUCAAAAGUAAAUGAAACAGAGAAAAUGUGGCAUUACAAGGAUCCAUCUGGUAAAAUUCAAGGUCCGUUUUCAAUGGCACAGUUGCGUAAAUGGAGCAAUAAUAAAUACUUCCCCGCUGACCUAAGAAUUUGGAUGAAGAGUGAGAAGGAGGACGAUGGUAUCCUCUUAACAGAUGCAUUAGAGGGACGAUUUACGCUUGCUGAUCAUAGCCCACGACUUCAAAGUUCUCACGUUAAUUGGGCUACUACUUCAGUGGAGAUCCCGAAGCCUUCACCUGAUGAGCGACCUGGUUUUGCCAACCUUCCUUCUCCUACUCCAAACCAAAGUAUUACUGGUUUGGGCCCUCAAGUGGGUCCGCACAUUGGUCCUAGUUCGUACCAUAGUGGCAAAGAAGAAUUGCAGUCGCCUACUCCGAAUAGUUCCCAGCUGGCUACAUCUUUUGUUGCUGGUGGAAACAAGGAGCUUAAUGCAAUGGGAUCAUUUGGUAAUUCCAGUACUUUUGUGGUUGCAGCUGCACCACAGACCGAGCAGCUACAUUCUCUACAAUCCUCUCAAUCAGGCCAUGUGGUUGCACCUCCUGCCAAUAAUAUGCCUUCGCAGAUGGUUCAACCGGCUGCUGGUCAAAAUCUUCCUGUUGGACCUUAUGGUUGGAGUGGCGGUCCACCACAACCGAGCCUUUCAAGUAAUCUGGCUGUACAGCAGCAGCUAGCGUACAACCAAUGGGGUAAUGCUCCGAACAUGGUUCAGAAUUCCGCCGGAAACUUUUUGCCUCAAGCUCCAGCUCCGGUCAAUCUGCAGCAAGCUCCUCCGCCACCACCACCACCGCAAUCAAAUGUAAGUUGGCCGACAUUGCCUGCAAAUCCAAAUAUGGGAGUGGUAGGGCCUACUCCAGGAAAUCAAGUCAUGAAUUGGGGACCUACUGCUCAGAAUCCACCAUUAACAGGGAAUGUCAAUCCCCCAUGGGCUGGUAAUAUGCACCCAGGUUGGGUUCCUCCACCACCGGCACAAGGGGUCGCACCGAAUCAAGGGUGGGUUCCUGGUCCUGGUCCUGGUCCAACUCAAGUGCCAAUAGUUUCUGGAAAUGGAAACCCCAACUGGGUCGGACCGCCUGGAAAUCAAGGAGCUCCUCUGAACCCUGGUGAGGUAGCUGUGAACCAGAGACCAUCUAAUCCCAACACCGGUUGGACUGGUGGACCUGGAAAUCAAGGGAACUCGAACCAAGGAUGGGGUUCAGCAUCGCCUAGGAAUCGAGCCAUGUGGGAUGACAGAAGUGGACAAAAGAGGAAUAGAGGCGGUGGGGGUUAUGGUGGUAAUAGAAGGCAAUGGGACAAGGGAGGGUCGUUUAACAACAGAGGACGGUCAAGAGAUUCAGCAUGACCGUGCAUUGGAUUGCAAUGAAGUUGAAGGCCAGUUUUCUUGAAUAUUUUGUACAGCAUUUUAUUUAUAGGUAGACCUCUCUUUUCUUGGCCAUAGUUAUUACUACUAUAAAACUGUGCAGUGUAGGGACUUGCUUUUACUCUUGUUCAGCAGAAUCUUGUUGAUGCCAUUUUCAGGUUUUCGUUUUUA